AUGAGACUGCCAAUUCAUUUGAUAAAUUAAAAAACUGAUGUUGAUUUUAAUAAAUAAUAAGUUUACAUAAUUAUUUAAAUGGGAUCUCAUUGUUGCAAAAUUGAUCACUUUAUUCGUCAAGGUUCUUUUAUAUCCUAUCUUCAGAUGAAUUAGAUUUAGACCUAGAUGAAAUAUCGAACAUCACACCAUAACCGCUUUCAAAAGCCUCAAUUUCAUAAAAGGGCACAAAAAAGAGUAAGGCUACACAAUCUAAUAGGAAUAGAAAAUUCAGUAUCCCCUUGCUCUUUAGAGAGGAGUAAAACACACAAAGAGAUUGCAAACUAAUAAGAAGUUCUAAAUACAGAAAUAGAGCAGAGGCAUAAUCUUGAGGUUUUAUAAGCAAUGUAGUAAUUGUCUAAGACUAUAGUAGUUGAAAGUAAACCCAUUGUGAAUUAUUAGCUACGUAAUAAAGUCGAAUGAAUAGUCUAAGUUAAAUAGGGACGGCUACUAGAAUCAAGCUUGGAUAAGAUAUUUUCAUUCAUUUGAAAGAAGGAUCAAUAAAUUCACAUUAUAAGUUCGAGAAGGUACUAGGUUAGGGUGGCUUUGGAAAGGUGUGGAAAGUCACUCAUAAAAUUACCAACCUCGUUAGAGCAAUUAAAUAGAUAAAAAAGAGCUCAAUAUUAAAGGAAGAGAAAUAAAGAAUGUUUUCAGAGAUGAAUAUUUUAAAAAAUCUUGAUCAUCCUAACAUUUUAAAAUUAUUUGAACUUUAUCAAGAUACAAAUAAUUAUUAUUUAGUAACUGAGUAUCAACAAUUAUUAACUUUAGAUAUUUAUCUGGAGGAGAACUAUUGGAAAGAAUAAAAAUAAUGACAUGCUUUACUGAAAAUGUUGCGGCUAAUUAUAUUAGAUAAAUACUAUUGGCUACAUUAUAUUGUCAUGAGAAAAAUAUUGUUCAUCGAGAUCUAAAACCAGAAAAUGUUAUUUUUGUUAAUCAAGACCCAAAUUCGUAAUUAAAGGUUAUAGAUUUUGGUACAUCCCGAAAAUUUGAUAAAAAUAAAUCCAUGAGUAAAGAUAUUGGAACUGUAAAAUUAUCCAUUUUCCUAGCCUUUUUAUGUUGCCCCAGAAGUAUUGAACCAUCAAUAUGAUGAAAAAUGCGAUUUAUGGUCAUGCGGGAUCAUUCUUUAUGUACUAUUGUGUGGAUAUCCCCCUUUUACUGGAAGGACUAUUCAUCAAGUACUGGAAAGAGUGAAAUAAGGUGUCUUUGUUUUUGAAAGUAUUAUAAUUAUUAAAUUUAUAUCAUAAUAGGUCGAGAUUGGGAGGACAUUUCCAAAGAAGCUAAAUUAUUUAUAUAAAAACUCUUAAGGGUUGAUCCUAAAAGGCGAUUGUCGGCUAAGGAAGCAUUAGAUGAUCCUUGGUUAGUAAAACACAAUCCUGCAACAUAAUUAAAUUUGAGGGUGUUAGAGAACAUUAGAUAAUUUCAAGUAUAUUACAAUAUUAUAAUAAAGGCAUAAACACUUCUAAAAUAAGCAUUAAUGUCAUAUAUGAUCACUUAAAUGUCAACUUAGAGAGAAAUCCAAGAGAUUUAAAAUGAGUUUACUAAACUAGAUUUAAAUCAUGAUGGAACUCUUUCAAAAGAAGAGUUUAUGAAGGGUUAUUCGUAACUGAAAUUUGAUUCAAAAUUAGUUGAAGAUGAAGUAGAGAGAAUUAUUGAUUUGAUUGAUGUGAAUAGAUCAGGUAUGAUAGAUUUUUCAGAGUUCUGUAUGGCUGCCAUGAACUAAGAAAAACUAUUUUCAGUUUAAAGAAUUGAGUAAGCAUUUAAGAUUUUUGAUUAAGUAAAUAAGAAUAAAUUAAUUCUUAGAAUGGUGAUGGAUUUAUUUCUAAAUAGGAUCUUGAAGCAAUCAUGGGUCAUUUAGAAGACGAAGUUUGGGAAUAAAUACUCCUUGAGUGCAAUGCAGACUAGGAGGGAUAAAUUUCUUAUUUAGAAUUUAUUACAGUUUUAUAAUAAAAAACACUUUGA